AUGACGUUCGAAGAGUUUUGUGGAGGUCCCUUCUGGGAUGACGAUCUGACGUGGCGAGAGGAAGAACCGGAUCUAACAUUCUGCUUCCAAAGGAUCAUCCUACAAUGGACACCAUGCUUCUUCCUAUUCGUUUUCGCCAUUUACGAAGUGUUUCGUAUCAUGACCAGUCGCUACCGGGACAUACCGUGGAAUUGGUUCAACAUUGCACGGCUGGGUUUCACCUUCGCCCUGAUGGUGAUGUCCUGGGUCGAUUUAGGCGUAGUCGUGCAGAACCUGGACGAGCCUGAGGUGUUCGAUGUUCAAAUACUGGUGGCGAUAUUUAACGCUUUGGCUUAUAUAAUGGCCAUGGCGCUGUACUUUUUUUAUCGAAAGUUCGGCGUACGAAGCUCUGGCACGAUGUUCAUCUUUUGGUUCCUCAAGUUCUUCUUUGGCGUCAUUCAAAUGCGCACGGAAUCGUUGUUACAUGACGUACGAGGCUCCGGGACGGGAGACUUUGCCGAAUUCCAGUUCAUCAGCUACACCAUCCAGUACUCGUUCAUCUGCGUUAUGCUGCUGCUGGAGCUUUUCCCCGACAAAGAGCCACGGUACAGCGAGUGGGCCAAGCUAAAAAAUCCCAACCCUGAGCUGCGAUCUAGCUUUUUCUCGCGCUUGUUUUACCUAUACUUCGAUUCGUACGCAUGGCGUGGAUUCCGCAAGCCCCUCACGGACGAUGACAUGUACGAUCUAAAUCCAGAAGAUACCUCGCGUGCGUUGGUACCUCCGUUCGAUAAGUACUGGUACGAGAGUGUGGAAAAAGGCCGCCGCAAGCAGAUCGCAGCUGACAAGAAAGCUGGCAAAACUGGUCUGGUGUACAAACCGAACGCUGCCACCAACGGAUCGGUGUUGCCCGCCAUGGUGAAGGCAUAUGGUGGGCCUUUCUGGUUCGCCGGAAUGCUACAGUUUGCCAUCUCGGGACUUCAGUUCGCCUCGCCCUACCUUAUGCAGGAAAUGAUGGCCGUGAUUGCGUUGGACGGUCCAUUCUGGAAAGGCAUGAUCAUCACGCUCGGUUUGUUCCUUACCUCGCUAUUGAUUGCGCUAUUUAACGGCCAGUACUUCCACCGAACGUUCCUGGUUGGUUUCCGUAUCCGCACCGGGCUAAUCAGUGCCAUCUAUCGUAAGGCUUUGCGGAUUUCCAGUUUUGCUAAGAAAGACACCACCGUCGGAGAGAUCGUCAACCUGAUGGCCGUCGAUGCUCAACGCUUCUUCGAGUUGACGUCGUACUUACACGUGCUCUGGUCAGCGCCGUUGAUCAUCGCUCUGUGCAUUUAUCUGUUGUACGAGCUUCUUGGAGCAGCAGUGUUUGCCGGACUGGGAGUGAUGGUGAUCAUGAUUCCAAUCACCGGCUUCAUCGCAACUCGGAUGCGCGAUUUGCAGGUCGAACAAAUGCAGAUCAAGGACGAACGCGUGAAGAAGAUGAACGAGAUCCUCGGUGGUAUCAAAGUGUUGAAGCUCUACGCAUGGGAACCGAGCUUCCAGGAUACGGUCGUGACGGUGCGUAACGAGGAACUGCAUGUGUUGAAGCACGCAGCAUACUACGGUGCCGGAACGUACUUCGUAUGGACGAUGGCACCGUUCUUGGUUACGUUGGCAUCAUUUGCAGUGUUCGUUAUGGCUGAUGAAGAGAACGUGCUUGAUCCUCAAACGGCGUUCGUCGCGUUGGCUCUGUUCAACAUCCUGCGAUUCCCCUUGGCCAUGUUCCCUAUGAUGAUAACGUUCGCCAUGCAGGCUUGGGUAUCGAUUAAGCGUAUCGACAAGUUCAUGAACAGCGAGGAGCUCGAUCCUAACAAUGUCACGCACAACAAGAGUGACAACUCCCUCGAGUUAAAAGACGGUACCUUUUCCUGGGGUGAUGACGCACCUACACUGAAAAACAUCAACCUGGCGCUACGUAGAGGAAAACUCUCUGCAGUUGUCGGAGGUGUCGGCACGGGAAAGAGCUCGCUGAUAUCGGCCCUGCUGGGUGAGAUGGAGAAGAUGAAGGGUUCGGUUAAUACUGACGGCACCAUUGCAUAUGUGCCACAACAGGCGUGGAUUCAGAACGCCACCCUGCGGGACAACAUCCUCUUCGGUAGACCGUUCAACCAGGCUAAGUAUGACAAAGUGAUCGAGAGCUGUGCUCUCAAGCCUGACUUGGAGAUGCUUCCUGGCGGUGAUACAACGGAAAUAGGAGAGAAGGGCAUCAAUCUUUCCGGAGGACAGAAGCAACGUGUCGCCCUGGCCCGUGCUGUGUACGCUGAUUCAGAGAUUUAUCUAUUUGACGAUCCGCUAAGCGCUGUAGACGCCCACGUCGGCAAGCACAUUUUUGAGAAGGUGAUCGGACCAACGGGAAUGCUGGUUGGAAAAUCUCGUCUGUUGGUGACACACGGUAUAUCCUUCCUACCGUUCGUAGAGGAAAUUUUCGUCAUGAAAGAUGGAGAAAUAUCGGAGAGCGGAUCUUACCAGCAAUUGCUCGACCAAAAAGGUGCUUUCGCCGAGUUCCUAACACAGCACAUCCAGGAAAUGGACGACGAAGACGAAGAUGAGUUGAAACUGAUCCAGGAAGCUCUUAAAGAUGGUGAGGGCAAAAAGAUCGUGCAGCGUGCGAUGUCGACGCGUUCCGAACGAUCGGGUAGCAGUAAUGGAAGCAUUCGCAAGAAGCGUGUCAGCCGUGCGGAAUCGCGCAACAGUAACAAAGCACGGACAGUGGAACCAACCGUACCGCAAAUGUCUGCGGCCACGUUGAUUGAGAAAGAAGAGUCCGCUACCGGAUCGGUAGGCUAUGUGGUGUACUUGAAAUACUUCAAGGGUAUCGGCUUAUGGCUCGGAUUCUGGUCGAUCUUCUUCAGCGUGAUAAAUCAAGGUGCUUCUAUCUACGCCAACAUAUGGCUCACUGACUGGUCCGAAGAUCCCGAGGCAGCAACGGAUAACUCUGUGCGUGAUAUGUACCUUGGCGUGUACGGUGGACUUGGUGGUGCUCAGUCGAUUGCCCUUCUGAUCGCUUCCGUAACACUGGCCCUGGGAUGCGUUCGUGCAGCCCGAGAAUUGCACAACAACCUGCUCGAGAGUUCGAUGCACAUGCCGAUGUCCUUCUUCGAUACGACUCCGUUGGGACGUAUCAUUAAUCGGUUCUCGAAGGAUGUGGACGUGGUGGACAACAUACUGCCGCAGUCAAUUCGAGCCUGGUUGCUAAUGUUCUUCAACGUGAUCGGAGUGUUCGUGGUCAUCGGCAUUUCGACGCCUAUUUUCCUAGCCGUGGUACCAGCUUUCCUCGUGGUAUACUAUCUAAUCCAGAAGUUUUACAUUGCGACCUCGCGACAGCUGAAACGUCUUGAAUCGGUCACGCGCAGUCCUAUCUAUUCGCACUUCGGCGAAAGUAUCACUGGCCAGAGCACGAUCCGAGCAUACGGGCAACAGGAUCGUUUCAUGAACGAAUCAGAGCAGCGAGUGGAUUACAAUCAGCUUACCUCCUAUCCCAGCAUCAUUGCCAACAGAUGGUUGGCUGUGCGCCUUGAAUUGGUAGGAGCAUUGGUCGUGUUCUUUGCUGCCUUAUUCGCCAUGGUUGCGCGAGAUGACAUCGGCCAAGCAACGGUUGGUCUGUCCAUCAGUUAUGCGUUGCAGAUUUCAGCAACGCUCAGUUUCCUCGUGAGAAUGACGGCGGAAGUAGAGACAAACAUCGUCGCCAUCGAACGAUUGGAAGAGUACACCGUGCUUCCACGAGAGGCCGACUGGCAGAAGGGAACAGUCGAUAAGGCAUGGCCAGCAGAAGGAAAGGUCGAGUUCAAGGACUACCAAAUCCGAUACCGUGAUGGCUUGGAUCUCGUCAUUCGAGGCAUUUCGCUCAACGUCCAAGGAGGAGAAAAGAUUGGCAUUGUGGGACGUACCGGAGCCGGAAAAUCUAGUCUUACGCUUGGCCUCUUCAGAAUCGUUGAAGCGGCUGGUGGACAAAUUAUUAUUGAUGGACGGGAUAUUUCACAAAUGGGUCUUCACCAGCUGCGUGGCCGGUUGACCAUCAUCCCUCAAGAUCCAGUCCUCUUCUCGGGUACUCUCCGAGCCAAUGUGGAUCCGUUCAAGAGCUACAGUGACGAUCAGGUGUGGAAAGCCCUGGAGCUGUCACAUUUGAAAACAUUUGUGAAGGGACUCUCUGCCGGAUUGGAACACGAGAUCGCCGAGAACGGCGAGAACCUCUCCGUGGGACAGCGGCAACUUAUUUGCCUAGCCCGAGCUGUAUUGCGAAAAACCAAGGUAUUGAUUCUAGACGAGGCAACGGCGGCGGUUGAUCUGGAAACGGAUGAUUUGAUUCAGAAAACAAUCCGUACGGAGUUCGCCGACUGCACGAUCCUCACGAUCGCCCAUCGAUUGAACACCAUCCUCGAUUCCGAUCGUGUGCUUGUGCUCGACAAAGGUCUGGUAGCUGAGUGCGACUCACCGCAGAACCUGUUGGCUAACCGGGAGUCCAUAUUCUUUGGCAUGGCGAAGAAUGCAGGAAUUGUAAGCUAGAACUACUGCCAAACUAGAACCAACGGUGCCUGGUGAAUCUCGAAUUGGUUUCGAUAAGAUAAGCUCGAAAAUACUAGCCUGAUCCGGUUUAGGAAUACCGAAACAAGCAGCUGUGUCGAAUGCAUUGUGACAGGAGAUGCGGAAAUGAUCAAUUUUCCAGCUGAUAGAGAAUACGCGAUAGAAUAGUGUAGUUAUGAAUGACCAACGCUUGUGUACGCUUGUGUAGUGGUAUUUAUUUUAUGCAAAUUACUAUAACGCAGAAUAAAUAUACUUGUU